AUGGCGCCGCGGUUGGCUUUUAUGGACCUUUCGGUCGAUCUGAAGACGUUGAUAGUCCAGCAUAUCAACCGCCCAACCGACCUCAAAAACCUCUGCCUCACCUGUAAACAACUCCACGAGAUCACCGUCCGCCAACUCUACUACGAAGUAACCCUCGACGUUGGUUCACCCCACGAUACGCGCCUCGCAGCCUUCCUCAAUCCCAAGAACAUCGGCCUACAACAUGUCCGGAAGCUGGAUCUCUACCUCGCAGAUGUCCUGGACAAAUGCAACCAGCAGCAACAAGCCAACUUUGCUAUUCGCAUGAUCUUGGAGCUGCUACCGGAGAACCAACUGGAGAAGUUCUCGUGGCACCCGUGGUCGCCGUUUUCCGGAGACAACUUGGUGUUGCUAUACAAGAAGCAGAAGCGCAUGCGGUGGAUGGAGAGCAUUUCGCUGGAUCGCAACGUUCUGCCAGAAUUACAGAAGCUGCCGAAUAUCGAAACGUGCUUUCAGGAAGUGCGGAAGCUUGGACUAUACCCAGACUCUCGCGAGGUCCUGGACUUUUGUCACUUCUUGCUGAAGAACGUGGCUGGGCGCAAGCUGGAGAAGAUUACGCUGCAUGCCAGCUUCGAUGAGAUGGAUCCGACCGUUACUAUGCGCGAGCUGAACGAUACGGUCAAUGCACCUGGGCUCAUCACAUCGACCAUGUUCAGCCAUAUGCAGCCGUUCGCAAAGUGCACGCCGAUCACACUCAAUGAAAUCACACUACAAAAGCUGCAUCUACGCUAUGCUUCGGAAACAUACUGCAAGUUGAUUGACUUCCGGUCUAUUAAAAGCAUUCGCAUCUUCGGCUGUUCUGGUGCUGAUGCCCUCUUUGCAGAGCUCAGCAAAAGCUCAAAGCUGCCCGAUAAGCUGGACACACUGGAGUUCAAACACGAUGACAACGCAGAGAACGACGGCUUGGGCGCUAUCGACGGUUUCCUCGUUCUCGUCUCUGGCAUUCAGACCCUGACUCUCGACCUCACAUACGUCAAAGCCUUACCAGCGGCCGCCGGCAUCGUACGCCAUAGCAAAACACUGAAAAGCCUCAACGUACACGCGAGCACCGGUCCCGACAGCUGCGACGAAGAGCUGGUCUACGACUAUGCCUCCUUCUCGCAAAUCUGCAAAGACUGCACACUGCUUGAGCAGAUUUCCGUAGCCUUCCCCAGUGUCAGCGUCAUCCGCAGCAAGAACGACAGCUUCGUCAAUUUCGAGAACUGUCUUGGUGACUUGCGUAACCUAGCGACACUGAACAUCACCACCUGGCCUACCAACAGCCCUUCAUCGACUAAGCUACCACGCAAGAUCUACGAACACUUGCUUGCCGGUUUGGCACAACAGGGCUUCGACCGCAGCGCCGCUCAUGCGAAGGAGAAGGAGAUGAGUUCUAAGCUGGGUAUCAUCGCGUUUGGCUCAUCGGAUAAAGUGUACGAUCGCGAGGAUAGCCAGAACCAGAUUAUCUUCGUUAAAGGCCGUCAAAUCGACCCACUCGGCAACGAGACUUCGACGGCAAACUGCGGCUACGCCAUGACUUCUUCUCCGCAUGCGUCGCAGUAUCCUGCACCACCAGACGGCCAGGACCCGCAUAAUUACACGCCCUUGUAUCCCAACGGGCAGGUUCUCGACGGUCAGGCACCAUCGUCGCGCAUAGCCUACCCGCAAGAAGCCGCAUAUCCGAAGCUCGAGAAUAUCAACGAGGUGCUCCAGGCCCAGCAGGCUCUCCAAGCGAACCAUGCCUUGAAUCCUCCGCUGCCGCAGCAGUCCAAGCCGAACCGCCUGCGCAAAGCUUGUGAUUCGUGCAGCAUUCGCAAAUGCGACGAAUCGGGCCCGCCGUGUAGAGCUUGCCUCGCGCUGGAGAUUCCAUGUACCUUUGAGCGCCCGAGCCGACGACGCGGACCGCCUAAUAGGCAUGCCGAAGCGAUCAAGAAGCGCAGGAUAGGCGAUCUGGAUUCCGAACCGUCGACGCCGCAGUCUCCUACCAAUGCCGCCCAUGCGCUCGCGCAACUGCAGUCGUCGCAUCCAGCCCAGCUCUCCGCCGAAGAGAUAUGCGCCCUGCCAACCCUAAACGCCCUCAUCGAUGACUUCUUCACAUUUAUACACCCGCUAUGUCCCUUUCCACACGAGCCGUCGUUCCGCGAAGCAUGGGGUCGUAGGGAGGACCUGACGAAUCCCUCGUUCCUUGCCUUGCUGGCGUCCAUGAUCGCGGUCCUCGUCGCGUCCUUUCCUCGAAAACCACGCCUCCAUCUCAACACACAGACGCGACGCGAAUACCCAAACCACCUCUCCCUCGUCGACAAGUGCCGGGACGUGUGCGCGCGGGCGCGAGGGCCUGGCUAUCUCGAUCGGCCCUCUCUGAACGUGUACGACGCCUGUACCAGCUACUUCCUCGGCUUGACCGGAGCCUACGUAUUCCAAUGGCGGCAACUACGACUAUACUUGGCCGAGUGUCUGACUAUCAUACGCUCGCUGGGACUUCAUAAACCCGAGGCUCAGGGCUAUACCUAUCUUGGUGGCAUGCCGAGUGCGUGGGGCUCGAACGGACCGAACCAUGAUGGCUCGAGAGAGUUUAAAGUAGACCACAUCACCGAGGAGAUUGGUCGGCGCGUGUUCUGGACGGCCUUUGUGGGCGUGCGGACCAUACAACAGCUCGGCGCUUCUUUCGGAGAGCUGAUGAUUGCGCCUGCAACACCUACUGAGCCUCUGCCACCGCUCCCUCGAGAAGUCGACGAUGUACACAUCUUCCCAAACGAGAUACAACCGCAGCGCGAAGGGGUCGUCUCCAUGCUCACUGGGUUCAACAUCAACGUGCGCAUCUUUCUGUCAUACUCGUCGCUAGCAACGGCAGAGAUGGCAUUUGGCAUUGACGAGAUAUUCGACUGGGAUCGACAACAACAGAUCUUCACACAAAGCCUGCAGCGCUGUAGGCAGAUUCUGGACAGCCUACCAGAGGUGCUCAAAGUCCGACCAAAGUCCAGCAGCAAUAGUGGGCUCGAACAGCAGAAACCCUACUACCCGCCCAUGCCAGAAUACUCUGGGAUGCGAGACCCCACCAUGGACAUUCAUCACAAACCAGAAGCGCACGAAUUGCGACGCUACGAGAUCCAAAAAGCGAACAUCUAUGCCAGUCACCUAUCCACUCGUUCGCACCUUGUCGAAAAGUACUUUCUUCAACUGGAUAAGUACCAGAGGUCGACGGGCGAAGCUGGCACGCAAAACACGACCAACGUCCUCGCAGCAGGAAUGGACAGGUUUGUAUCUGGAACAACAACCGAAGCCGACGCGCUCGAAAAGGCAAUGUCAGAAGAGCGCGAACAAGUGGUCAAAGACCUCCUCGUGGUACUGGGUAGCAUCGACAUGGUCAACAUGGAGCCCAACGGCGACUCCUUUGUAAGUCUAUACGUUUACUUGCAAAGCUCAGAUUUCCUCUAUCCCGUCCAUGAGAUUGACGACUACGUCCUCUCCAUGUCGACAAUUGAUUUCUUUCGCCCAAACACCAUCAGCCCGAUCGCAAGCUUACGGUUUAUGUCGACACAGACACAGAAGAUUCGCUCAAUUGCUAGCACGCUGCUUGAGGUGCCGAAGGAGAGAAGGGGGAGUGUGGCGUUGCAGCAUCAGGAUUACCUUUACAAGUUCUUGGAUAUAUUGAGUAAGUUGGAGAGGGUGAGUCCUGAGGCGAGUGAUCCGAGUGGCGCGCUUGAUGAGGAGAGUGAGUUGAGGCUUUGGGCGGAUUUGAGGGAUCAUCAGUUGAGGUUUCAGGAGCAGGGCGGUGUUUAUGGGUUUUCGUGA